AUUGCAGCCACCAGAUAGAGUGAGAUAUAGGGGUUAUCCUCUGAUGGGGUGUUUUCACCACACAUUUUGGUUACAAGGUUUUUAGUGAGAACAAACUUCGUUUGCCAGAUAAUUUAUUCCCGCGAAACACUAACGUUAACUCGGUUGAAAGUAGCGAGCAUUCGUAAUCGUAAAAAACAGAAACGACGCCGUUGAGCUGGCCACGAUUGGUUGAGGGAUAUAACACUGCCAAAUGAAACAAGGUCCAAUUCCAAAACCCAAUCCAUAACGAACGGGUGGUAGACACAGAAACAGGGCACAGUGAGUCACCGAUGCAACUCGGCAGCACCGUGUUGAUUUCGGUGAAUAAACCCCCAAUCCCAAAAGCGUUGCUCAUCUGCUCCAACUCCAACUCGCCCGAGUCGAACUCACUCCAAGCCAAGACCCUCAAGACGCUGGAAUGGAGCUCCGUUUGCAAGCAGCUAUCGGCGUUCACCUCCACCACCAUGGGCUCCGCCGCCGCCCUCGACGCCCGAUUACCCAUCGGCCGCACCCUCCGCGAGAGCCAGAAGCUUCUAGAUCAAACCUCCGCCGCCACACUCGUCACCCAACCUCUCGACUUCUCCGGAAUCGACGACUUGACGGAAAUUCUCGGCGUCGCCAUUUCCGGUCACUUGUUAACAAUCCGAGAGCUUUGCACAGUUCGCCGCACACUCUCCGCUGCCAGGGAAUUGUUCGAUAAUUUGAAACACUUCGCUUCCGCUUCUAGUCAUCCUCAAAGGUGUUGUAUUUUUCUUGACAAAGUUUGGAGCAUAGAUCAUAUGGUAAUGGAUUCUCAUGUCUCAAUAAGGCCUUAAAAGAAAGUUUAUCUCAAAGGUACUUGCCCCUACUUAAAAUACUGGAAAAUUGUAAUUUCCAAAUGGACUUGGAGCGUAAAAUAGAAUUUUGCAUAGAUUGCAAUCUUUUAGUAAUUCUAGAUAGAGCAAGUGAAGAACUGGAGAUUAUUAGAUCAGAAAGAAAGAGGAACAUAGAAAUUUUGGAUUCUUUGUUGAAGGAGGUAUCAUCUCAAAUUUUUCAGGCCGGAGGAAUUGACAGACCAUUAAUAACUAAGCGCCGAUCUAGAAUGUGUGUGGCCAUCAGGGCUUCCCAUAGAUAUUUGCUUCCUGAUGGUGUAGUUCUGAAUGUUAGCAGCUCCGGAGCAACAUACUUUAUGGAACCCAAAGACGCAAUAGAUCUGAACAACUUGGAAGUUAGGCUUUCAAACUCUGAGAAGGCUGAGGAAAGUGCAAUUUUGAGCAUGCUUGCAUCUGAAAUAGCAAGUUCAGAAUCACAUAUAAAUUAUUUAUUGGAUAAACUUCUUGAGGUUGAUCUUGCUUUCGCAAGAGCUGGGUAUGCUCAAUGGAUGAAUGGGGUAUGUCCCAUUUUCAGUUUAGGUAAUUUUGAAAGCUGUGAUUUUGUUGAAGGGGGCAAUGAUACCUUAGUCACACAAGAUGAUGAUGAUUUAACAGUAAACAUUGAUGGUAUGCGACAUCCAUUACUCCUGGAUUCUCUAGAGAACAUUUCAAAUAAUCUUAGUCUUAGAUCUGGAAAUGUUGCUGAGUUCAGUAACGGAAAUGGAGCAACGGCUUCUAAGUAUACGACACAAGGCAUAUCAGAGUUCCCUGUGCCUGUUGACUUCAAAAUUGGAUGUGGAACUAGAGUGGUGGUGAUCUCAGGACCUAAUACAGGAGGGAAAACUGCUUCCAUGAAAACAUUGGGGCUGGCAUCGCUUAUGUCAAAGGCUGGAAUGCAUUUGCCUGCCAAGAACAAUCCAAAGCUUCCUUGGUUUGACCUUAUCCUUGCAGAUAUUGGAGAUCACCAGUCCCUUGAACAAAAUCUCUCAACUUUUAGUGGGCACAUCUCACGUAUUUGUAAGAUUUUGGAAGUGGCCUCAAAACAAUCACUUGUUCUCAUUGAUGAAAUUGGUGGUGGAACUGAUCCUUCAGAAGGUGUGGCUCUUUCCACCAGUAUCUUACAAUAUCUGAAGGAUCGUGUUAACUUGGCUGUUGUGACUACUCAUUAUGCUGAUCUAAGUAGUAUGAAGGAAAAGGAUACCUGUUUUGACAAUGCAGCAAUGGAAUUUUCAUUCCAAACGUUACAACCAACUUAUAGAAUCCUCUGGGGAUGUACUGGUGAUUCAAAUGCAUUAACCAUAGCACAAUCUAUUGGCUUUGAUAGAAAGGUAAUUGAUCACGCACAAAGAUGGGUAGAGAAGUUAAAACCAGAACUGCAACAAGAGCGGAGAGGAAUGCUCUAUCAGUCAUUACAGGAGGAAAGAAACCGAUUAAAGGCUCAGGCUGAAAAGGCUGCUUCCAUUCAUGCAGAAAUUAUGAACGUAUACUAUGAGAUCCACGGGGAGGCUGAAGACCUUGAUAGACGUGAGAUAGAACUUAUGGGCAAGGACUCUCAACAGGUCCAACAAGAGCUAGCGGACGCAAAAUCUCGGUUGGAAACUGUGAUACAGAAAUUUGAGAAGCAACUCAGAACUCCUGGUCAUGAUCAGCUCAAUUCGCUUAUCAGAAAAUCUGAAUCUGCAAUUGCCUCCAUUGUAAAAGCUCAUACUCCUGCUGAUAGUUUUUCUAAUGAAGCCAAUCACACUUCAUAUACCCCACAAAUUGGGGAGCAAGUCCAUGUAAAGGGAUUGGGGGGUAAAUUAGCCACAGUGGUAGAAUUGCCUGGGGAUGAUGAAACAAUCCUGGUCCAGUAUGGUAAAGUGAAAGCCCGUGUAAAGAAAAGUAGCAUCAGAGCUAUUCCAUCUAGUGCAAAGAAUACCGUAACUAGUUCUUCCACGCAUCAGGGGAGGCAGAGUCUGCCGAAUGGAGAAUACAGGGGUAAUGUGGACAUCAAAACUGACGACUAUAUUUCUUAUGGUCCAGUGGUGCGUACGUCUAAGAAUACUGUGGACCUACGAGGUAUGCGAGUAGAAGAAGCUUCUACCCACCUUGAGAUGGCAAUUAAUGCCACUCGGCCAUAUUCGGUUCUCUUUGUUAUACAUGGGAUGGGCACUGGAGCUAUUAAGGAGCGUGCACUGGAGAUUCUUCAAAACCAUUCACGUGUUACUAAUUAUGAGCCGGAAAGUCCAAUGAAUUAUGGUUGUACCAUUGCUUAUGUCAAGUGAACCCUUAUUACUCUGGUGUAAUAAACAAUGCCAGGUUGAACCCUCUUUUGUUAGGAGUUUCCCUGCUUCUUGCUUACCUGAUCAAUCAAAGGAUUAAUUUGAGAUGUACAUAAACACAUUUGAUAUAAUGUGCUUAGAGUUCGUAAAAAGCAUUUGAUAUAAUCAUUGUUUUUUACACUAGAGCUGUAGUUUGCAGUUCACGUGUCACUUUGUUUUUUUAUACAACUUAGGAAGCAUUCUUUACAGCUUUUCCUCUAUCAAGAAGGCGUGUUUUCAUUUGUUUCGACUAUAUGAUUACUACAGAUUGGUAGCUCUCUGAUGCAAUGAUUUAAGAUCUUAUUUUAU